CCACGACGAAGAUGGCGACGAUGGUGAAGAAGGAGAUGGAGGAGAUGGAGGAGAUGGUGGAGAUGGUGGAGGAGGAGGUGGACGCGGGGUUUCUCGAGGUGAAAUGGACGCGGGGCUUCCCUGCCGACGGCUCCGUGGCCUUCGCGGACGCCGCCACGCUGUGCUACGCGAGCGGCGACUUCAUCAAAUUCGCUUCCUACCGCGGCGGCGACGACGGCAGCGUAGACAGCGUAGACGAACCCCCCACGGAGCCCGAGGGAGAAGGCCGCGACCGUCACCUGCGUUGCCCCGGGGCCGGCGUGGCCGCCCUGGCCGUGAGCGCGCCGCAGGGCCUGCUGGCCUUCGCCGACAGGCCCCGGCCCGGCCCCUCCAUCCACGUCCUCACGCAGGCGGGCGGGACGCGCCGGGCGCGGCUGCGCGACGCGGCGCGCCUCGAGGUGUCUGCGCUGGCGCUGAGCGACGCGGGGCCCUACCUCGCGUCGUGGGCCGCGGCUCCCGACCUCUCGCUCUCGCUGUGGGACUGGCAGCAGGAGAAGCUGCUCUGCCGCUACGAGGCCCGCCAGCGGCGGUGGCCCCACGGCACGCGCAUCCUCUCCGUCACGGGCCUCUCAUUCUGCCCGGGCGGAUGGCAGCAGCUGUGCACGGUGGGUGACGAGCACGUGUGCGUGUGGAGCGUGGAGCGCAGCGACUCGGUGUUCCGGCUCAGCCCGCGGAGGGUGCGGCUCCCCCCCGACGACGACGACGACGACGGCGGCGGCUCUCGCCCCGUCGACUCCGAGCCGCCGAGCGAACGCGGCGGCGGCCUCUUCGGGCCGCGGCUGCCGGCCUGGGCCCGUGCCGGCCUGGUGGAGCCCGCGACUCACGACUUCGUGCCCGAGGCGGAGGCGCGAGCCGCGGCGCGGCCCGUGUCGCACUGCUGGGCAAGCGGCGGGGACCGCCUCUACGUGGGCUGCGCGGGGGGGCAGCUGCUGUGCGUGGAGGCGGACGCGGGCGGCCCGCCGGGCGCCGAGCUCGCGCCGAAGCCGGUGGCGCGCCUGGGCCCGGGCCGAGCCGCCGCGCUGGCCGCGAGCCGGGACGCGGUGUACGCGGGCGGCGCCGACGGGGCCCUGCGCCGCGUCCGCGCGGCCCGAGCGGCCGGCGGCGAGAGCGUCGUCGACGAGUGCUGGGCCGGCGAGCGGCCCAUCCUCGGCCUGGCCUUCUCGCCCGACCUGCGGGCGCUGGCCAUCUCCACGGCCCGCGGCUCCGUGCACGUCUACCGGCCUCCGGAGGCGACCCCCGCGGCCGACGCGGCGGCGACGACGCCGGCGGCCGUCGCGGUGGACGCGGGCGGCGCGGCGCCGUUCGUGUGCGCGGCCGUGGCGGCCCCCGACGGCGCCGUGUGCGUCUCCGCGCGAGAGGACGGGGCCGUGCAGCUGUGGGCCGCCGCCUCGGGGCGCCUCCUGGGCGGCCUGGUUCUGGACGAGGCGCCGUGCGCGCUCGCGUGCCCCGCGUCGUCGCGCUGCGCCGCGCUGGGCACCGCGUCGGGCCGCCUGUGCGUGGUGGACGCGCGCCACCCGGAGCGGCCGCGCGUCGUCCUGCGGGAGAGGUUGACGCGGGCGCCGCUCGACCUCUUGCGCUGCGACGAGGCCGGGCGGCUGCUGGUGGCCGCGGCCGCCUCGGAGGGCCGCGCGUUCGUGGUGGACGCGAGGCCGUCGCGCCGCUUCGCCGUGCUCGGCUUCGUGGAGGAUGUGGAGGAGGAGGAGGAGGCGACACGGCGUCGCGUGCUGGACGCCAGCGUCGUGCGGAGCGGGGAGGACGCGCGGCUCCUCCUGCUGCUGGGCCACGAGGGGGCCGCGAGUGGCGACCGUCUGGCGGUUUUCCACCUCCCCGGAGCGCUCGGGGGGGACUGCGCGAACCCUCGCGGCGACCUCAGCAAGGAGGCGACGCGGCCGCGGCGCUACGAGCUCGCGUUCCCGGCCACCGCGGCCGCGCUGGGCCGCGACGGCCUCUCGGUCUUCGUCUACUGCGGCCGCUCCCGCCUCGUCAAGGAGUUUGCCAUCGCGGAGGGGGCCGAGGGGGGGCUUGGAGAGGCGCGGGAGUCGGCGGGGCACGACCUGCCCGACGCGCGGCUCGUCCUGGCGGCUGGGGGCCGGCGUCUUUACUCGGCCUCCUCCGACGGCGUCGUCAAGGCGAGGGCCGUCGGGGGCUCGCGGCGCGGGGUGGCGCAGGCCGCGUGCCACUGCCCCGCGCUGGGCGGGGUCCGUUCCCUGGGCGUCUCGUCCGACGGGAGGACGGUGGUGACCGCCGGGUGGCGGGACGACGGCGCGCUCGUCUGCCUCGCGUGGAGAGGAGAGCGCGGAGAGGAGGCGGCGGCGGCGGCGCCGGCGAGCAGCGACUGCUCCGAGGAGGACGCUCACCUCGCCUCCGUGGCGGAGCGUGAGCCUCGGCCCGCGUCCCCAGGCGACCGGGCGGCGGGCGAGGGGAAGGCGGACGACGGCGGCGACGACGAGGCGGCGGAGGAGGAGGAGGAGGAGCGGACGUGGGCGGAGCGGCGCGAGGCCGCGGCGGACGCGCGAGCGCUCGAGGUGCACGCGGAGACGCGCCGCGAGCUCCGCGAAGGCGUCGCCGAGCUGCGGCGCGAGCUGGAGGCGCUCGCGGCCGAGAACGAGGCGGCGCCCGAGCGCGAGCGCCUGCCGCCGGGCGACUUCCUGCUGGACGUGGAGGAGAUCGGGCGGCUGCGCGACGAGGGGACGCGCGCCGUCGAGGGGCUGCGCGACGCGAUCCAGCGCGAGAACGCCACCAACGUCGAGCGCUGCGACGCCCUCCGACGCCAGUGCUGGGACGCGAUGGCCACCAAGGGCCGCUGCCUGCGCGCCUUCCUCUCGGGCGUCGAGGUGUGGAACUUCCCCGUGCCGGAGCGCGGCCCCGACGAGCUGCGGGAGCUGGAGAGGGUGAAGCUCCUGCGGGAGGUGGAGAUGGCGGACCACCGGAUCCGCAGGGAGCUUCUGGAAGGGCGCGGCGCCGGCAAGGACGGGCGCGGGGGGCCGGAGAAAGAUGAGCGGGACGAGGAAGAGGGCGGUGACGGUGAGGUAGAGGACGAGGAGGAGGAGGAGGACAUCGUGGGCACCCUGAGCGAGGAGCUGGGCGUCAGCUGCCCCUACCUGUACCGCCAGCUGGAGCUGCACUCGCGGGAGCAGCGCGUGAACCAGACGGUGCUGCUCCGGGACGUGGCGCGGCGGCUCCGCGUCGCCUUCAACGCCGACUUCGACUCGGCGCGCCGCCACAAGGAGCAGGAGGCGGCGCGCGCGCGGGACGCCGGGGAGCGCGUCGCCGAACUCCUCGCCGACCUGGCCUCGAUCGGCGCCGCCGCCGCCACCGUCGCGACGCCGACGAUGCCGACGCUGACCCCGAGCCGGGACGAGGAGCCCGAGCGAGCGCUGGCGGUGGACGACGCGGAGGUGACGGCGGAGCGCCUCCUCACCGACGAGCAGAGGGCCGCCGCGGAGGAGCGCGCGCGGGAGGAGGAGCGGGCGCGGCUCGCGGAGCGAGGGGGCGGCGCCGGCGGCACCCGCUCCCGCGCGCUGCGGGACAUGAUGGGCGGGGAGCUGGAGGUCAAGCGCGACGGCGCCGCGGCGCUCCGGCCCCUUCCGCGGCGGCCCGCGUUCGCGAGCCGCCCCGAGUCGGAGUGGACCGAGGAGGAGCGGCGGCAGGCGCGCGACUUCGAGAGGGAAAGCCGCGAGGUGGCCGAGGAGCGCGAGCGCUUCCGCAAGGCGCUCGAGGCCGAGGUGGCCAAGACGCGGGCCGCCGUCCUGGACGGCUGCCGGGCCUUCGACGAGUCUCUGGCGCGACUCGCCGAGCGGAGGGCCCGCACGGAGGCCGCGGUGUGCCAGGAGGAGCUGCGCCUCGCCCUGCUGGGCGCCGCGCUGCUGCUCGAGGAGGAGCUGGACACGUACCAGCAGGAGCUGCGCCGGCGCCUGGAGGAGAACACUGCGGCGCGCGACGAGAGCGAGCGGGAGCUGCGCGAGGCGACGGCGCGCGCCGACGCCCUGCGCGAGUCCUACGACGACCUGUGCGCCGAGGACAAGCUGCUGGAGCGCGCCUUCAAGAAGGAGCUCGCCGAGAUGGCGCAGGGCCCCGCGGCGGACGCCCUCGCCCGCCUCUACAAGCGCCGGCCGCGGGCCCAGAAGCUGCGCGCGCAAACCGACGCGGCGGAGGCCGACGGGGAGCGCGACUGGGAAGAGCCGGACCCGGCGACGGAGAUCGUCCCCGAGGGGGUGGAGCCGCCGGCGUGGGAGCGCUUCUGCCGGGCGCGGAGCCUCAAGGCGCGCGGCGAGCUGGCGCUGCGCCGCAAGGCGCUCGCCGCGGCCGAGGCGGCCGCGUUCGCUCGGCGGAUCGCCGACGAGGGCGAGGGGCUGCGGGCCGAGGCGGGGCGGCUGGCGGCGGAGCUGGACGAGGCGCGCGCGGAGGCGUCGCGCCGGCAGCUCGACGCGACGCUGCUGGUGCUGCUCAAGCAGGGCCAGGUGGAGCUGGACGACGAGGCGCCGGCGCCCGACUACUCGGACGCGCGACUCGUUCCCCGGGACGCGGUCGAGGCGCUGAACGCGACGAUCCGAGCGGCGUGCGAGCGCAAGGUGGCGAGCAUGGAGAGCGGCAGGGAGGCGCGCCGCGCCAUCGCGCGCCUCCAGUGGGAGUGCCGGAAGCUGCGCCUACGGGCGGACGAGCUGCGGGAGCUCGCACGGGACGUCCGGACGGCGCGGGUGUCGCGCGAGCUGCUGGCGAACGCCGGCGGCGGCGGCGAGGACCGCGCCUCGCGCCACGCGGCCGCCGCCGAGAAGAACCUCGCCGCCCGGCUGGAGGCGCGCGAUCGCGAGGAGCGGCGUCUCGAGCGGCGCGCCGAGGCGCUGCUCGCCGAGGCGGCGCGGCUCCGGCGUGAGAACGCGGCGCUGGACGCGCGGCUGCCGGAGCUGCGCGCGUCCGUGUCGGAACGGGGACGAGCGAGCGAGGGGGCGGCGGCGGCGGCGCCGGCAGAGGAGGAGGCGGCGCGGAGGCGUCACGAGCGAGUGGCGCGGGAGAGGCACGCGGCGGAGGCGGCGCGGGAGCAGGCGCGGGAGAUCGCGGCGCUCCGGGUGGAGCUGGAGAGGAUGCGCAUGAGGUCCUUCCCCGCGCUCGUGCCCGCGGACCGCUGACCGCGGGAGGCGGCGGGGGGAGGGGCGCCCGCCCGAAGGUUUUAACGUCGUAGAGUCGCCAUCGAUCCUCUAGGCCGCAACGUAACGGUCCGGCUAAAAUUCGUGGCCACCCGACGCAGCCAAACAAAUUAAAGCGUCGCGUGUUAUUCAAACGUCAGUUCACUCGCCGGUAAAUUGCCGAACAAUUCUCACUCGGAACCACGUCGACAUCAUCAGGACAAGGUCCAGGAAGUCAGAAUAUAAAUUUUGGAAGUCAGAGUUAAAAUUGGCAGCGAAAAAAAAACCCACGUGUUAAAUUAACAUCAUCACCAAAGGUCAUCAUCUUUUUGUUCUGCCUACAUGGAGACUUUCUCGAUGUAUGACCUCGUGGUAUUGGUGAACAAUUAUCUAUUUAUGAAUGUACUCAUCACACUCAUCAUCAUCGUCAUCAUCCCCUGUUGCAUCCGGUGUAAAAUUAUCUUCACAUAUCAACACUCUGAUUCAUUCAUACCUUGAGUCAAUCUGAUUCAUCCAUCCGUCAUUCGGCGUACAACUCAACAGCUAAAAAUCAUUAAAUUUCGAUUUAAAGCUUUCGUGACUGCAGAGAUUCAUCUUCUUGGUUCUUUCGGUAAAGUCACGUAGAAUUGACCUGGUCUUCACCUGAGGACGGCUGCUUGCGUUGAGGCCAAAACGUCGUAAGAAUUAUCUUAUUAUGUUUUAUUUAAUUAUUUUAUUAUUUCCAUUCUACGUGACUUUACCGAAAGAACCAAGAAGCUAAAAAUCAUGCAAAAAUCACCAAAUUCUAGCCCCUUUUCAACAUUUUAAAGAGGGCACGACCCGACCUAACAGGCACGACAACCACCUCGGCACCGCCAUCUGAGAGUUGCGAUGCAAACGCACAUCGAGUGAAUAAAUCGGAGAGUGCGCGACUCCCUUUUUGGACAAUGGCGAGAGAGGGAGUGGGGAUGGCAGAGGCCGUUCCACCAUCAAUUGCGGUGGACGGGCAAAAGUUGCACACACAGCGAGUGGCGCUGCCAAAGAUUACGUUCUAAAUAAAUGACGAAUGUGACGAA